AAAAAACUAAUGUUAAACUAGCAAUCAAGCCUUGACUAUUAAACCAAUCAGAUUGUAGUUAGAUGUCUGAGUCAUUUUAGACUAGUGAUAAUGGUGUCGGAUAAAGGUUAUUGGGCAGUGUGGCUUUCGCAUUGUAUAGUAGACUAACACGGAAAGUGUUUGCAUAUUUGCAAGUUCACGUUCAGUCAGAUUUUCACGUGGAGUAUGGGCGGAAGAUCAGGCAAAUUUGUGGUACCUCAUACAGCAGAGAAAACCGAAGACAGUCUUCGUAAACCUGUAAGUAACGGUCUUUUGUUACAUUUUCAUGGUAAACACGAAACGAACUUAUAAACUUCUUGAAAUUAUCCACGUAGGUUUAUCUUUCUCUGGGACGUAUGGGCAGAAUAAUGAGUCUCAUCGUAAAUAGCCUUAUGUACUAUUGAUUUUCAAAAUAUUAUACGACCCUAUUGUUUAAACAUGGUUCCGAGGUUAGACUCUAUUACUAUCAAAGUCUUAUCAGAAAAUGGACUGUAAUAUCAAUGGAAUUUAGCACUUGGUCCGUAUUUGAGCAUACUCGACAGAGGAUGUCACGCAAAUCACAACACCUUAGCUCCAAAAUCUAAUCCUCUGAGUGCAUGAGCUGUCAUUUAGUGAUCAAAAUUAUCACUGUUGCGACAAAGAAAACUCAUGAAAAGUAGAUUAGCAAAAUUGGUGUCAGUUUCUAAGGAGGACACUAGUGGGUUUCACGACAUAGUUGUGUGUAGGGAUUUCAAAAGACAAAUGUUUAUAAUUUUACCAUAGAAGUGAAAUAACGUUUUUGUUUAAAGGUUAUAUUUGCAAUUAUUCUCAGAUGUUAUCGACUUAUGCGCUUGACUAUGUGGCUCGCAGAAUAAAUGUAGUGUUACAAGCUUGACAGAAACAUCACUUUUUGACCCUAUGCAAUUUCUAAGAAAAGCUAAUCCUUAUUUGGUUCACAUUUCCCCGUACGAAGAUACUAUUGAGCAGGUCAAAGCUUUGGAUAGCGAACAGUCAGUUCAGCUCGCGGAUGAUGUUAAGCUCGAAAAUGGUCACAAAGAGAAGUGUUCCUCAGAGGAAGAAAACCAUGAACAAGAAAACGGCGAUUUAACGAAGUCAGACGUUCCACAGAAUGGAGAUGCAAAACGGGCCAAGAAAGGAAACCCGAUAUCACGAAUUUUACGACGUAUAUCCAGAAAAGGCUCUAAUAUCAAAAAACACUCCACCGACAACACUUGUGAGAAACCUGAGGAUACUAAUAACGACGAAAAACAAGAAGUUAACACAACUGAAGCACAAUCUCCUGAGUGCAUAGCAAAUAAUAGUGUGGAUCCUACUUCUGAUAGUUCUGUCCUACUAGUUGCAGACAAGCUAGUUCAAGAUGUCAUUGUCUCUGCCACUCAAACUCGUUUGGAAGAAAUCCAAGUCUGUGAAGUGAAACCAUAUGAGGAAAGUUAUAAUCACACUGAGACAAAAAAUGAUACUCAAGAACCACUCUCCGAGGCGGAAAUUUCACAUGUCAAUUCUUGUAUCAAUGGAUCUUAUGUAAAUGGUGAACCCGUAAACGAAAGUAUAAACAAAUCUGAAGAUGUUCUGGUAAAUGGAAAUCAUACACAUGAAGAGGUGAAUGGUGUGGAUUGCAACAAUGCCAAUGGAUAUGCUGAUGAUAACAUAAUCCAGUCUAAGCUGGCAAAUCUGGAACUGAUUAACGGACAUUCUGAAGUUAAUGGAUUUCAUUAUGAAACAACAAACUCAGUGAUGCUAUCUAAUGAUUACUAAGAGCAUGACAAUGUCUACAUCUAUUUUGUUAAGCAACUUUACAGUUCAUCUUACAAGUCAAAUACUUUUUACCCCUCUGUAAUAAAAUUGAUUGUCUUUUUCUUUUGGCUAUUGUCUUACUAAUUGUUUUCUACAUGCAUCCGGAUGUUCCGGUCAUAUCACAUAAUAAUACUAGUGCUAUUCGUCAACAAAAGCGAUCAAUGUUUGCUACAUACACACGUUUGAUACAAACAAUUGUAUUCAGUUAAUUACUUUCUUUAUCGAACUUUUACUAAAAUUCUUUUCAAAUAUCUUUUAUCCUCACUGUAUUUGUAAAUCUGUAUUCAGGAUUAAAACAAUGGUUUCAAAUAAAUGCUUACAUUUCUUAAUUGUUAAUAUCGACGAGUUUCCUACUUGGUUUUACUUUACAUUACUCUUCUCCAAAACUGUUUUUGACUGCUUUUAGAGACCUCUUGUAUCUGGAUAUGACUUUAUUUUUUGGCUUUUCAAAAAUCAUGUUUUAAUAAUACGAUCUGGUCAAGCAUAUAAUCGUAAAGUUUUCAUCGACAAUCUUAUGUCUAACUUUCUUUUAGGAAAUCAUUGCCCUAUUUCAUUCAAAAUAAUGUCACAUUGAUUUAACCAUUAUUAUUGAUUUUAAAUGUACGAAAUAUUUUAAAACGCUUGUUCUUAUUUAUUCAAAAGUUUUGGAGUAAAGAAGUUUAUAACUAUCUAAGUUUCCUGGCUUCAGUAACAUGGUCAGGAUAUUGAUGUACUUAUUCCGAUUUAAAUUCCUCUGGAUAUCCUUAAGUACAAAUACUUCCUUUUUUGAACUACUAGUUAUAGAAAUUUGUAAUCAUUGAAUUCAUUCAUUAGUUAAUGAGUUGAUGUUAUUAAUAACAGAUUUAUCAGAAGCUAUAAAGGCGUUAGGGAG